UUUUUUUUUUUUUUACUUAUCUUGUAUAUCGUUGCUAUGAAGACCUCAUUGAUUAUUACUACCUUGGCUAUCAUGGCAACAACUACAAUAGCUGAAUUGAAUGAUAUGUAUCUUCAUCAUCAUCCCAGUCAAGCAAAGAAACUCGCCAUGGCUGCCAAAGCUGCAAAUGGUAAGGAAAUGAAUUAUAUUUCUUUUUUUUUUUUAAAUUAUCUUUACUUAUUUUUGUUAUACAAUAGGUCAAAACCCUCCAUCUGGUCAAAAUGAUGACAGCUAUCAUUACGGUGGAUACGAUUUCCGAAAAUCAUAUGAUGACAGCUACGACGUGUAUCGAGGAAGAAAUCUUUACGAUGACGAAUUUGUUGAACGACGUCCUCAACGCGGGCUCUAUGCAGCAGCUGAUUAUGAUGAUGAUUAUGGAUAUUCGCCUCGUCGUGCGGACUAUAGUUAUGAUAGAAAUGGACCUGUAGUGGGCGGACGUCGCGGAUAUAGAAUGGCAGCUGAAGACCAUGGCAUUACUUACACUCAGAACGGAGGUAUUGAUUGGAAUAGUCCUGUGUUAAAAGGUAGUAUCUAUGUGGACCGUGGAUAUGAUGAUGCUUCGUUUGAUGUAUCCCAGAAUCUCAAAAUGCAAAGUGUCGUCGAUCCAGGCGAAAAUUGGCACACUGGCAAAGGAACGUACUAUGAUGUGGAAACCCGGAAGAGCUCAUGUGGUAUCAAGGCAACGAACAAAGAUAUGGUUGCUGCUCUGAACACUAAACAAUUCGGUGACAAGUCAAAGGAUAAUAAAAAUUGUGGAAAACAAGUGGAAAUCACAGGUCCUAAUGGUACUUCGGUCAAGGUCAAAUUGAUUGAUGGUUGUGAUACUUGUGCUGAAGGUGAUAUAGAUCUUAGUCCUGCUGCUUUUGAAAAAAUCGCUAGUUUCAGUCAUGGUAGCAUCUCGAUCAAAUGGACAGAAUCUUAACUUUAUCACUCACUUAGUUUAGUGCUUGACUUUUUUUUUUUUUUAUCAUUUACUUUAUAUUGAAC